ACGCUCUACGCAUGCGUACUGCUCAUCGCACGGAGAAACAGUUUGUUUUUUUCGUUAGCCGAUUCGAGCCGAACGGACGUUCUCUCUUCUUUUUUUCACCCCCGUCCCUCCACCCGGCGAUGUGGCCGCAUUUGGCGGCGGCAGUGGCGGCGGCGGCGGCGGUCGUGGCAUCGGCUCUUGCGUGGGGUUGAGAGGCUGGCACCACAGGCGCGCAUCAAGAUGGCGUGUGUGCUGGAGACACCGCUCCGCAUGAGUGUCCUGUCGGAAGUCACGGCCAGUAGUCGCCACUAUGUUGACAGAUUAUUUGAUCCUGAUCCCCAGAAAGUCUUGCAGGGUGUCAUAGAUAUGAAAAAUGCUGUAAUUGGAAACAACAAACAAAAAGCCAACUUGAUUGUUUUGGGAGCAGUUCCAAGGUUGCUCUACUUGCUUCAGCAAGAAACCUCCAACACCGAGCUGAAAACUGAAUGUGCAGUUGUGCUAGGAAGCCUUGCAAUGGGUACAGAAAACAAUGUUAAAUCUCUACUGGACUGCCAUAUCAUACCAGCCUUACUGCAAGGAUUACUGUCACCAGAUCUUAAAUUUAUUGAAGCUUGCCUCAGGUGUCUUCGCACCAUUUUUACCAGCCCUGUAACUCCUGAAGAACUGUUGUAUACGGAUGCUACAGUUAUCCCCCACCUCAUGGCACUGCUCAGUAGGUCUCGGUAUACUCAAGAAUACAUAUGUCAGAUCUUCUCACAUUGCUGCAAACUCCGACACUGGCAUAGCUGCGGCUUUAAAUCCUCGCCUCAGCCACUUCUAUGUGCCAAUGGUCCAGACCAUCAGACAGUCCUGUUUAACCAUGGAGCAGUGCAGAAUAUUGCUCAUCUGUUAACUUCUUCAUCCUAUAAAGUUCGAAUGCAAGCUCUGAAAUGCUUCUCAGUUCUAGCCUUUGAAAACCCCCAGGUAUCAAUGACUCUAGUAAAUGUGUUAGUUGAUGGAGAUUUGUUACCACAGAUUUUUGUGAAGAUGUUACAAAGAGACAAGCCUAUUGAAAUGCAGCUCACAUCAGCCAAAUGCCUUACUUAUAUGUGCAGAGCUGGAGCAAUCAGCACGGAUGAUACCUGCAUUGUGUUAAAGACAUUACCAUGUUUGGCACGGAUGUGUAGUAAAGAGAGACUGCUAGAAGAGAGAGUGGAUGGAGCAGAAACUCUUGCCUAUUUGAUUGAAGCAGAUAUCGAGCUGCAAAGAAUUGCCAGUAUUACUGACCACCUUAUUGCAAUGCUUGCAGACUACUUCAAAUAUCCCAGUUCAGUGAGUGCCAUCACUGAUAUAAAAAGGCUUGAUCAUGACUUAAAACAUGCUCAUGAACUACGCCAAGCAGCAUUCAAGCUGUAUGCUGCACUUGGAGCAAAUGAUGAAGAUAUACGAAAGAAGAUAAUUGAAACUGAAAAUAUGAUGGAUCGGAUUGUGAAUGGUUUGUCUGAAUCUAGUAUCAAGGUGCGCUUAGCUGCAGUCAGAUGUUUGCACAGCUUGUCACGAUCCGUGCAGCAGCUUCGAACAAGUUUCCAAGACCAUGCUGUAUGGAAGCCCUUAAUGAAGGUGUUACAGAAUGCUCCAGAUGAAAUCUUAGUGGUAGCAUCUUCCACUCUAUGCAAUCUGCUCUUAGAAUUUUCUCCAAGUAAAGAGCCUAUUUUAGAAUCAGGAGCCAUAGAACUUCUCUGUAGCUUAACCCAGAGUGACAAUCUUGCCUUGCGAGUGAAUGGAGUUUGGGCUUUAAUGAACAUGGCAUUUCAAGCAGAACAAAAGAUUAAAGCAGACAUUUUACGAGGUUUAAGUACAGAGCAAUUAUUCCAGUUACUCUCUGAUUCUGAUGUAAAUGUACUAAUGAAGACUUUGGGACUACUUAGAAACCUUUUGUCUACUCGUCCUCAUAUAGAUCAAAUAAUAAGUACACAUGGGAAGCAAAUCAUGCAAGCAGUGACUCUGAUUCUGGAAGGAGAGCACAAUAUAGAAGUCAAAGAACAGACAUUGUGUAUACUUACCAACAUAGCAGAUGGAACCACAGCAAAAGAGCUUAUUAUGACAAAUGAUGAUAUCUUACAAAAAAUAAAGUAUUACAUGAGCCACUCAAAUGCAAAACUUCAGCUGGCUGCUAUGUUUUGUGUAUCUAAUCUUAUUUGGAAUGAAGAAGAAGGUUCCCAAGACCGUCAGGAUAAACUCAGAGAUAUUGGGAUAGUAGAUAUUCUACACAAACUGAGUCAGUCAUCAGAUCCAAAUCUUUGUGAUAAGGCAAAGACAGCACUCCAGCAGUAUCUUGCAUGAUGAAAGACAAGCUGAACUUUCGUACAACUCUCAAAGCUAUAUAAUAAGGAAUAACGGGAAAUAGCCGCACCUAAUUCCUUAUCUUUUGCACAAGGCACCUUGGGCUGCAUUUUUCUCAGGUGCAGGGAGCUGCUUGGCAGGAGCAGUUUAAGUGAUCAGGUCUCCGAUGCACUUGAGGACUUUAUUGAGGUAGUUCCUUGACUCAGAGGACUAUUCUGAGAUUUUUUUUCCUGAACUACCUGAACUCUACUAGAACAAUCAAUCAUCUUUUUCCUUUGGGCCUACAAUUUUCUGCUUAUAUUGCAGCCACUGUAAGGCUGUGUCUGGGUGGGCAUGAUACCUCAAAGCUUUUGUUUUCCUUUUUGUGUUUUUUCUACAGAUUUUCAAGGAUUAACCAUUCUUUGCUGUAUGAAAACUUUAAAGAAUUAUAUACGAUUUGGAUUGAAAUGUUAUUUAAAAACAGUUUUGUCCCAUGAAGUUUAUUUUGAUCAGAUGAAUGUUUUUAAGUAAAAUAUAUGCAUUUGUUAAACCUCAGCUUAAUGUACCUGUACUUCCUCUUUUGAAACAAAAUGACAUCUACAUGACCAGUAGUACAUGUAAUGUGACUAAAGCAAAUCUUCUACUGCCAUGUGUUACUAGCUCCAAUUCCCUGGACAUGGGACAAAACAUUCAAACUACCCAAGUGGAGUCUUCUAAGUACACUUUAGAUUAUACCAAGAUUAAACUGUGGAAACCAUACCUGCUGAGUUUACCCAGCAAGGAAAUUAUAGUUCCCUGUGCCAGUGCCACUGCUGCCUCAGAGAAAUUACACUUGUUAUAAAACUUUGCAUUGUUCUUACUUGACUUGAACCUGUGAUAAUGGAUUGAUUGAAGUAAAACAAAACCCUCACUACUGGUAGUUGGAACCACACAGUGGUAAAUUUCAGAGGAGAACCCCAUCGAAGAUCUAGGUUCAGAUCAAAUGCCAAUACAUAGCUUUGGUAUUCUUGCAGAAGUAUAUAAUGGUAAGGCUAAAUAUUUUUUUGCAGCAGAAGAAAACAAGUAUGAAGUUUUGAUUCUGCAAAAGACGAGAUAAACUUCUGAAAUUCAACAAAGCCUCAAGCCUUUUCACUCACCAAGUAGAUUUUCUGUGGGUUCAACCCACAGAUGUUUGUGUCAAGGGACAGGAGCAUCAGGCAGAAGCUGAGUGUCUCACCUAAUUCACCAGCUUUCAUAAUCCCAGAAUUGUAUUUAUAAUGGAUAAACAGGCACAUACAUAGGGACAUGACACUGAUUCUGUCACUGCAAAGAUUGGAGUUUGAGCCUCUGGUCGGAACUGUUAAUGAGCUGGAGGGAGGUGGUAAAAUAAAACCAGAGUUUUUAUAUAUGGUUUUAAUGUAUUCUUUUAUGCUAAAAGGGAAGUAAUAGUGAUUCAGGGAUUGUAGUAAGUGAUGUCAUUUCUCAGUGUCAUUGCUACAGACUCAUUGGGAUUGGACUUCUGCAGGUUUGAGCAGUGUACCCACUUGCUAACUAGUACCUCAGAAAUAAGAAGCCUUAGUUAAGUCAUUAUAGUGAUUGUAGCCUUAAUAAUACUGAGAAAAAUUGCUUCCUUUGUUCAAAUCCACUCCCCAGGAAGAAGGGGUGGGAAGAGGGAGGGCUUCCUUAGCCUGGCUGCUGCUUUUGCACUCUGGAUUAUUAUUACACAUGCAUUUCCAAUGUUGUUGUCAUUUCUCCAUCAUCCAUAUGCAUAUCCAUUUACUUUGAAAUAUUGAUAUGCCUAAAACUGUGUUGAAUAGAGCUGAGAUGUGCAAAUUUUCAUUUUCACACUUGGAGGUUGCUUUUUAAUGGAGUGGCCCUAUAUGUACAAGAAGGUUAUAAACUGUGCUAAGACAAUCUGGAUAAUGUUUGGGGAAAGGUUGGUUAAAUAUUAGGAUGGUAGGUGAUAAUGAAGUGGCAUUUUGCACUCAGUGAAGCAUUGUGAAUACUUUUUGAUGUUGCUAUAAAUAUGUACAAAUAGAAAAACACUGUAAAUAAAAAUGACCUUUUACUGGAGAACAUA